AUGAAGGCUUCAACACUUUGCCUUUUCCUCCUAUUGUAUGAGAUCAGUAUAGUCUCAGGUACGGAGUCGAAGGAUGCUCCAGCGGUCUUUGCUGGAGCUACUCUGGACGUUGCUACUCCAGAUUAUUCUACUAUAGAAAAGUACGAAUAUAGGCUACAUCACGUGAAGACACCAUCUUACACAGCAAAACCUGGUUAUUUUAUAGAAAAGGUGGUGGAAGGAGAUACCACCAUCUGCGAAUGUUCUCCCAAGGGAGCAUUUGUCAAAGUCACGCAUUGUUUUAUAAAAGAUCUACUUGAUCUUAUCCAUGUAUAUACUAUAGAUUUAAAUGGUGCAAAGAAUGCCUGCUAUUUUCUCAAGAAGGAUGGUCAGUGGUCCUCCAUAGGUGAAGAAGAAUUUUAUAACAACUUUGGUGCUCUAUCAAUCACUGGAUAUGAUUUUAAUGACAAGGUACUCGAUGUCUCCAAAGCUUCUACUGAUUGGGAGUUGUACGUUAAUGAAUCGCCAAAGUCUCCGUUCGCAGUUUAUGGAACUAGAAGCACGUGUAGAGUCUCAGAAAUUAAGACCAAAAACCGUGGUGGUAUCACAAUAUGGAAGAGAGAGAAUGAUGAAUGGUGUACCAAACUCACCUUUUAUCCCAGAGAGGGAGAUCAUAAACUCCUCUGGAUAGUCACCAAGGAUCCUUAUGAGAAUGAGAACAUCCUCUACUACUCCAAGAUGAGUGGAUCAUGGAAGUCUGUUGACAAGGAUGAGUAUCUGGAGGACUUAGCCAAGGCUGGCUUUGACAGGUCAACCUUCGAUGAUAGGGUUACUCUGGACAUAUCCAAUGUUGAUGAAAAACUCUUCUUCAUUGACAAAUACCAAGUUGACAUUAUAGUAGAAAACAGACACCAUGUUCUUCCGGGAUUUAGAAUGAACAAGGUAGUGCAGGGUAAGGAUAUCAUCUGGGAGUCUUCAGAUGACAGAUUCUCUAUCCACUUUAGUUUCCAUGGCAGAGGACCAAAGAUUUCGCUGGGUGUCCUAUUUACCACGAAUACCAAGAAGGAGAAUAAAAUUAUCUAUUACGGAAAACUUGAUGGAAAGUGGGUGACUAUCACCAAGGAUGAGUACUAUGAUGUUCUCUCAGAUAGAGAUAGUCCUAUUUAUACUCAUGAAGUGGACAAGCCGGACAUAGUCAUGAGCAGCUUUAGGAACAAGCAAGGUCUACGGAUUGCAACAUAUGCCUCCAAGGUUGAGAAUGCCAAAGCAGACAUUCUUCUUGUCCAUGGAGCUCGUUCACAUCUUACGUCAGACUUUCUCACAUUUAACAUGGACUGGAACUAUGAACGUUAUGGCUUCGAGAUAUUCCCCUACUGCAGUGUUUUUGAUGAACCAGUAAUUGUCAAGGAGGUAUCCAAUGCAGAACGCUAUAGAUCUUACUUUGAGUACAAGACCCUAGAAGGAAUGAACCCGCUAGACAUUCUUCACAGGUCUCAAUACAGGGCUACCUUUGUAGAGGCUCUUAAUAGGCUCGGCUACAAUGUCUAUGGUUACGAUCUGCAAUCACAUGGGUUCUCCGAAUCCAAGACUGAAAGCAGAUGUCAUGCUAAGAAAUUCAUGGAUUAUAUUUAUGAUCUCUUGCAAUUCAUUAGCAUUGUAAAGAGAGGUAAAUUUGGAGAUCCUAAUGAAAAGUGGGAUGAUAAAUUAGUCUUCAAUAGUCAUGAGACGAAUAGAAAGAUCAUACUCAUGGGUUAUUCAAUGGGAGGAAAUAUGGUUAUAAGAGCUGUGCAAAAGUUUUACAAGGAGAUUAAGAAUCCAAAGGCUAAGUUUGUAGAUGGCCUAAUCGGUCUUUCUGCCAUGCUUGAUAUGAGCAUAUAUUUGGAUACCUUGACAAAGAAAAUAGUAAGACCAAUAUUAGAACUUGAUGCGUGCUGCCAGCCUGAGAAAAAGGCAUACUUUCACUAUACAUAUGACAUUGCUCUCCAUUUUGAAAGAUUCACAGAUUACAACACAGACCCAGUUUACUACAGUGAUAGGUACACUAGAAAUACGCGCAUGUCUCCUUUUAGUGCAUGUAGAAGGGUUAGGAAGAAAAAAAGAACCAAGUUAUAUCCCAAAGAUUUGCCAACACUAUUUGUACAUACUACAGACGAUGACGGAUGUGGUAUAAAGGGUCCAAGGAAGAUGGUUAAUAAGAGCCUGAAGGAUAGUAAAGUUGCAAAACUGGUAGAGUUAAGUGGCUGUGGACACCAUAUGGCUGCUAUUCAACUCAUUCCUAUCUUGGUACCAUUGUUGGAAAAAUGGCUAAAUGGACACUUUUCAGAAACGGUGAAUAUGAAGAGACCAUUACAGGUUCCCUCUAAUGUUAAAGAGGGAGAAUCUACAGUACCCGUUCAGUCUAACCUCCGUAAUGUUGCACCUAAAUAA